UCUCCUUCGAACAUCAAAACUGACAACGUUACUGACCGACUGGGUCGGCACACAGCGGUCCGCCCGGACGCGAGUACACAGUGUAAACACAGCGUGGCCGUGCGCAGCGCGCGCAGCGUGCAGUGAGGUCGCUGACGAUCCAAGCCCUGGUGCUGGUCCUGGUCGAGGCUGGUCGAAGCCCCAGCUCUGCGGACCCGGCCCUUUCGCCCCGACCCACGCUUCGCCGGCGUCGCCCGGUCUAGACGCCCAGGCGGACACCGCCCUCGCCGCCGCCAUGCCGACCGAGUGCAUCUCGGAGCAGUGCCUGACGAACCCGCUGCAGCGCGAGCUGGCGGACAGCAUCAUCAGGAUGGUGCCCCUCGACGACAUCCGCAUCCUGCUAGCGUGCGGAGCCAAGGUGAACGAGCCGGUGACGCAGGGGCUGCGGCCGCUGCACUACGCCGUGUGGCAGCGCUACCCGGAGGCCGCCAUGCUGCUGCUGGUGCGCGGCGGCGACGUCAACGCCCGCGACGAGUGCGGCUACUCCGCGCUGCACCUGUCUGCCGAGCACGGGUACACGGAGCUGGUCAAGCUGCUGCUGCUGCAGGGCGCGCGAGUGGACUACCGCGAGGACACGGACGACCCCUUCCCGCGCACCACCCUCUGCGACGAGCCCCUCCGUCUCGCCAUCCGCAACGGCCACCACGAGGUGGCACGCGUGCUGCUGGAGAAUGGCGCCGACCCGAACAAGCGCUACUUCUUCGGCUCGGAGAUCAACCUGGUGUCGCCGCUGGACUUGGACUUCAUGCGGCUGCUGCUGACGUACGGCGCCAACCCGGACGCCGUGGACCGGGCCGGGCUCACCCCGCUCAUGAAGGCGGCCAGGCUGGCGCAGGGCAUGGAGUCGGUGCUGCUGCUGCUCUCCUUCGGGGCCAACGUGAACGCGCUGACGGACGAGCGCCACGACUUCCGGUCCGUGCUGCACUACGCCGUGCUGUCCGGCAACCUGGCCACCGUGAACCUGCUGCUGCGGCAGGGCGCGCGCGUCAACUUCCCCGCCGACUACCAGAAGCCCACGCCGCUGCAGCUCGCCAUCCUCAAGGGCGACCCGGACCUCGUGCGCAUGCUGCUGCAGGCCGGCGCUGACGUGAACGCCUCCUCCCCCAUCAUCGGCACCGCCCUGCACGUCGUGUGCGCCGACAACAUCCCCAACCGGCUGGACAUCCUGCAGCAGCUGCUGGAGGCGGGCGCGGACCCCAACGUGCUGGUGGACUCGGACGAGGGCCCUCCCUUGAGGCCCGUCCUGGCCGAGUACCUGGCGUCCAACGAGGCGCAGCCCUGCGCCGUGGUCGUCGGCAUGCUGCUGCGCUACGGAGCCAAGGUGGUGAUGAAGACGCAGUUCCGCGACCCCCACGGCAUCCUCAACUCGCUGCAGAGCGUCGGCCAGCACGAGGACGUGUUCUACACGCUGCUCGAGGCGGCCGAGAGCUUCGACACGUGCAUGAUCCGCCGGUCGCAGUUCAUCAACGACGACCAGCGUGGGCUGCUCAUGCGGCUGGCCACGUCGCCCUUGCCACUGCGACACCAGGUCCGCCUGUACCUCCGGAGGCUGUUCGGGCCGCGCCUUCCCGACGUAACUCCGCAGCUGGAGCUCCCCACGCUGCUGCAGCACUACCUGCUCUACGAGUUCAGCUAGCGAGUAGCGACCCUGUCCCGGUGGUCCCUGGUAUGUUUGACAUGCAACUGUGGUUAGAUGUUGAUAUUCAGUAUUUGCUGGAAACAGAUUGUGAUAUACUAUUUCAUGGGCUAGUGGACGGACAGAAGAUGUGCGUGUACGUUUUCUCUCAAUUGUGAUCUUAUUGUCAUACUAUACCAAAUUAUCAAUGUUUAUUUUGUACCUUAUUAGACUCUUAGUUUUAAGUUCUGUAAAUGGUGAUGUUAUAAGCAGACUAUUUUUAUACCUUUGUAUGCGGCAGCAGUGUGUCUUGUAUUUCUUUUUUGUUUGUUUGUAUGGUUUUUGAUGCAGGCUUACAAGGGUUUACAGAAAACAGCGUCCAAUGCCCUUUCCAAAGCUUGGCUAAAAUUGAUUCCUUUUUUCCCAUUUUUUAAACUCUGAAAUGUCUUUGUCAAUAAAGAAAAUUGCAUAAAAAAAA